CCAUAAUGGUAGAUCAGACAAUUUUACCCAUACCUUUCGUUUCUUCUCGCACCAUCAGAAAAGGAAGGAUCACUUUAAAUUUCGUUUCUUAAAACAAUCUGUGAAAACCAUGAGAAACUUCGAUUAAGCUAUCCCACUGCAUAAGGUUUGAAGCUUGAAGUUUGCAAUUGUGAAUUUGUUAAGUUAGUUCACUAUCAGUAGCGAUGUAAACUUAAGCGCCUUAUUUGAAUUCGAUAGGAUUGGCUUGCGCGCAAAGAUGCCGAAAUUGGUACCUGUUACUGUUGUUACGAUGGACGCUCAGCUGGAGUUCUGUCUGAAAAGUAAUGCUUCUGGACGACAGCUCCUCUCUCAGGUUUGCAAUGCUCUAGGUAUUAGAGAGAUGUGGUAUUUCGGUCUACAAUACUCAGAUCAUGAAAAUAGACUAACGUGGGUGAAAACGGACAAAAAGAUACCAUUGACUCAGAAAGACAAAGAUGGACGAUAUCGGUUUUGCUUCAAGGUAAAAUACUAUCCCGAAGAGGUAUCCGAAGAACUCAUUGAAGAAAUCACCAGGUUAUACUUUUAUUACGACGUUAAAGAGGAUAUCGUCAACGGAACGAUCUAUUGCCCUGCAGAUACUGCACUGCUCCUUGCUUCGUACCAAGCUUUAAUUCGUCAUGGGAAAUACGAUCCGAAUGUCCACAGCACAGGGUUUUUGAAAGUCGCCAGAUAUCUGCCACCAAACGUGCGAGAACAGUACAACCUAACGGACGAAGAAUGGGAAGCCAAAAUAGUUAAAUGCCAUAUAUCCCAUGGAGAUAUGUCGAAAGAAGAUGCUAUUAUGGAGUACUUGAAAAUAGCUCAAGAUUUAGAAAUGUGCGGAGUAUCUUAUUUUAAAAUCAGAAAUGCAAAGCAAACAGACCUGUGGCUGGGCGUUGAUGCUUUAGGAUUAAAUAUUUAUGAGUAUGGUAACCAGUUGACACCUAAAAUAAGCUUCCCCUGGAAUGAAAUCCAAAAAUUGUCUUAUUCGCGUAAAAAAUUCUCUGUCAAAGCUGCCGAAGCAUCGGGAAAGGGAUUCACAUUCUACACCGAUAGCACCCACACGUGCAAGCUUAUCCUGAAUCUUUCCACUGGCAACCACAGGUUGUAUGCUGUUCGACGGCAACCAGACUCCAUCGAGGUUCAGCAAAUGAAAGUCAAAGCCAAGGAGCGUCAAACUACACGCGAAGCCGAAAGAGAAAAACUACGCGCUGAAAGACAAGCAAGAGAGGUGGUAGAAAAAAGAUUCCGUGAAAUGGAACGUUUAAUGCAAGAAAACGAGGAAACUUAUGCACGUACUCAGUCAGUUUUAGAACAAUAUGAAGCCAAAGUUAACGAACUAAACGCACAACUGGAAGAGGAGAAACGCGCACGACAACAUCUUGAAGACUUGAAAGAGAAAAAUCGCCAGUUGGAAAUGGUAAUCAAAUCCUCUUUUUCAUCUUCAGUUAACAUCGUAUGCUUCCACCUGGUUCACUCGCUUAAUCAAAAAGACUUCCAUCUAGUUUCCGUCUAUUCAUUCUAUUAUGAACUGCUUUUGUAAAAAUGUCUGGUUCGUGGCAGUUCACUACCAAAUGUAGAGGUGACUGCAGAAUCGAUGGAGGAAUGUCAGCGUCUUCAACAAGAACGUGAUGCGAUCAAUGAACAAAUCCGCCUACAACAACAAUUACUUCAAGAACGAGAAGAGGAGAAACGCAUUUUCGAAAGUGAACUCGCUCGUGUUCGUGCACAGCAUGAAGAAGAAUUAAAACGUUACAAUGGAGAAAAACAGGAUUGUGAUGAAAGUGAAUUACAAGCUGUCGAUGCCGUAGAUGAUGAACUCCGACAGUCCAAAGCAGAUACUGACCAAGAUCAUGCUACACGAUUGAAAUUACUACGUCAAGACUUGAAUGCUGUUCGUAAUCGUCAAAAAAUGCAGGCUGUUGACAUUCACUACGAAGAUAAUGUCAACAGAGGAAUGGAUAAGUAUCGUACUUUAAGAGCUAUUCGUGAAGGUAAUACAAAGAAGAGAGUCGAUCAAUUUGAAUCAAUGUAAUGUUUGCGUGUGUGUGUGUGUAACCUUCUUCUAUAUAAUAUUGCAGAUAUUGUAGAGUCGAAAAAAUUACUGCAUUGGAAAGCCUGAUUGUCUAGCUAUUUGUUUUGCUUUAAAUCAUAUUUUUUAUUACCGUCGAUAUUGUUAUUGUUAUUUAUUAUUGUGGUUACUAUCAUUACCGUUUUUAUUAUCAUUAUUAUUACCCUAUAUCUUUCCCACAUAGCAAUAAAUUGAACAACGCAUUCUGUUUGUGUAUGCCUAACUUCCCUGCUUACAUAGGAAAGAACACAAAAUCUGGGAUUAUAGUAAUUUUUCAGGAUUGUGUUUAGGACAUACGUAAACUGUCGAUUUUAUUCCUUUUUUUCUGCUUCCUCUUACUUUCGGUGUUUGCUCAAUUUUUGUAUUUUCCUACUACUACUACUACUAAUUUAAUAUUUGCUAUUUUAUACCUUAAUAUGGCAGUGUUUCAACACAACAGAAACUCCGAUUUUAUUCCUUCAUUCCAUUAAAGAUUAAAAGGCGUAGGUAGAUGUAAGACCCGAUAAACUGACCAACACCCAUUGCAGAAUUUUACUCCUAGAAAUAUGAAUUUAUAUAAAGGUGGUACAUAAUGAAUAUUUCAGUGUCAUGUUUUAUAAUCCUCACAGAUAUAUUUCAUACCAGCUUAAACGAUAUAUUUAUAUAAAUACCUAUUUCGUACCCAGUCAAAUUUGUAAUUUAUUAAAAAAAUUCGAAAUAAAUUUUAUACUUUACUA